CCGGAAGCCGCCCCGCCGCUCGGCCUACCAAUGGAAGCACCGACUUCGCGUUCCCAGCGAGCACUGCGGCAGGCCGCCUCGCGCCCCUCGUUGGUCCUCGUGGAGGCCCCGCCCCUCGCGAGCCCCAUGAAUGGGCGGCUGUCCCCGCGCGCCCCGCCUCCGUCGCGUACGCUCGCUGGUAGUGCCGGCGGGCCCGGGGGACCCAGGGGCGCCCUGGAGCGGGCGGAGGGGGAGGCGGCCGUGCGGCCCGAGACGCCCGAGACGCCCGAGGAUGAUGAGGACGAGGAGGAGGCGCUGCCGCACUCCGAGGCCGUGGACGUGUUCCAGGAGGGUCUCGCCAUGGUCGUGCAGGACCCGCUGCUCUGCGACCUACCGAUCCAGGUUACUUUAGAAGAGGUCAAUUCGCAAAUAGCAUUAGAAUAUGGCCAAGCGAUGACAGUCCGAGUGUGCAAGAUGGAUGGAGAAAUAAUGCCUGUGGUGGUGGUACAGAAUGCCACAGUCCUGGACCUGAAGAAGGCCAUUCAGAGAUACGUGCAGCUCAGGCAGGAGCGCGAGGGGGGCAUUCAGCACAUCAGCUGGUCCUACGUGUGGAGGACAUACUACCUGAUCUCUGCAGGAGAGAAGCUCACAGAGGACAGGAAGAAACUUCGAGAUUACGGCAUCCGGAAUCGGGAUGAGGUGUCCUUCAUCAAAAAGCUGAGGCAAAAAUGAAUCUCCAGACAAGGACAGCUGUGCCAGUGGCCACGCUCCCUGCCCGCCCCCCGCCAAAGGAGGAAGCCUUAGACAACUGUUCCCUUUUCACAGAGGAGGGUUGAGGUUGCCUGCACCCUUCCGGAACGCAACUAAGCCCUAGGCCACAACACCCUAAUCAUGGGGCAGAUGGGCCUGGCCCUGUGUAUGGGAUUCAUCUGCUUGCUUUUUACUUUGAAAACUAAAAAAGCCACAGUACUUGGGGCAGGAGGGACUGGUGCUGCCCAGUCAUGGAGGAGAAGCAAGGGCCCAGAACCGUGCAGGUGAGCGCUAAGGUCAAAGAUGUUUCACCUGAGCCCUGUGGCCACUCCCCUGGCUGUAUGACCCUUUGGCUGUGAUCUCUACAGCAAGGGGAAAUAAAGGCAGAAUGGCUGGC